AUGAAGUCCGAGUUACAGGCGUCUUUAGCGACAACGCUAGCUUCAGAGACCGAGAUUGCCCCGGCAGAACCGAGCGUACUUCCUGAGAAUCAACAGGAGCAUGGAUCAAGCGAAAACAACUCACCUUCGUCAGAGAUUAGCGACUCAAACGGAGAGGACGCGCAGGUGCCGGAAACAGAGGCUACGGCGAUGUCAGAUGAGGAGAAACCCCCAGUAGAUGCCCCCGCUUGGAGCGCGAAGCCGACAAUAGGAGGCAGGCGUGCGGACUUCGACUCGAGUGAGACCAAAGUACGGCUGACGCUGCAGGACGCAUCCAAAUUCGAGCUGAGCACGAUGUACCGCAAGACGGAUCGCCGAGCUGGUCGAGACGGCGUGGCGCUACACGUCGGUAGGAGAGAGGACACGCUGGAGGAGCAGGUGAUCGCUGUUCUCUUCGACCGAGAAAAGGUGACCGAGGAGGAGGCCGAGCGCUGGUGGGCGAACCACCAGCACCGGUUCGUCGAGUUCAUGGAGCCCCAGCAGCCUCGAGAAGAAGAUGUAAUAGCCUCAGCAGCAGUAGUAUUACCAGCGUCGAGAGCAGCAACACCAGGGGUCAAAUAA